GCGGAAGUGACGGCGGUAGUGGCGGCGGCGGCGCGGGGUGAAGGGGAAGAAGGGUGUCUGAAUACCGAUGAAUGAGCUGUGAUGGAUAACAAGGACUCAGAAGCUGAGAUCCACCCUCUGAAGACUGAGGAUGUAAAAGCUCAGGAGAACCAUGAAAACUUUGUGGAGAGGAGGAUUGUCAAGUCCUCGGGGCUGUCCCGGCUGUCCCGAUGGCGCACUGCUGCCUUCUUCAUCUCCCUGUUCCUCUGCCUGAUCAUUGUGUUUGCUUUCUCCUUUAUCAUUCCCUGCCCAGAGAGGCCAGUUUCGGAAAGAACAUGGUUCCAAUACUUCAACAGUGCAGUGCCCUACCAGUUCCUUGCUUUAGAAGAUGUGAAUGAAGACAAAGUACAAGAUGUGCUCUUUGCUUUCAAAUCCAGCAAUGGCAGCAGCAGCUUCAACAUGUCCUGUCUGGAUGAAGGGCUGCCGUCUCCCUGUGCCUUCAUUGCUGCCAUGUCAGGCACGAAUGGCAGCGUGCUCUGGGAGAGCCCUGCUGCGAAGGACGUGCAGUGGCUGCAGUGUGGCAUCCAGCAGCUGGGCACGGCGGGGGGCCCGGGCUGCCUCGUGGUGGAGAAGCCACUGUCCCUUACAGCAGUCGACCUGCAGACAGGGGCAGUUCUAUGGAGGCAAUCCAGUGACUUUGGAGCUAAUGAUACUGUGCUGACUCCUUUGUCAGUGAUUCCAGAUAUGGAUAAUGAUGGAGUUGAGGACCUGAUAAUCUUUAUUACUAAAGGAGGCCAGGUGAAGACCUUCAUCCAUUCAGGAAAAACUGGCCAGCAGAUCGGCUCCACUGGCAGCCUGAGCAUGGAUGGCAACGCUCGCUACAUCAGACUGCACCUGCACUCCUCCUCCUACUUCCUUUUCUACACAGAGAACUCUCUGUAUGCAUAUUCCCUGCAAGAUCUGUGCAGUGCAGCACUUGGGAUGGAAGUUAAGCUUCCCAACUUCCAGCCGGAUCCUUACUGGGAGAAGCACAUUGACCAUACCACACACCGCGCAUCCCUUCUCAGAUUUAGAGACAUUCACUACCUGGCAAAAGUUCCCGAGCACUCACAGGACAGCAUCUUGGUGGUGGACUCAGAGAUGGCUACACUGAUCAACACAAAAGAUCUCCGCACUGUGUGGACCCUCAACGUGUCCCGUGCUUUGAGGGAGCCACUGUCCGGUUACUACAAACCUGAUGUCCACAGUAUUGUCCUGGAGAGUGAAAUUGGACCCAACAGGAAGAAGGUUAUGAUUGUUGAGAGUGGAUCUGGAGCAGUCCAGUGGGAGCUGGAGCUGAACUCGGGAGCAGAGGGCCCUGGCCCAGCCACGCUUCCCACUGCGGAUCACCGCUCUGCCUUCCUCUUGUGGGGAGACUACCGGCAGCCAGGCAAUGAGACAAGACACAGAGCUCCUCUCUCAAAGCUGUACCUUUUCCAUCCUUCCUACACUCACGUCCUGUUGGAGCUCCGUGACAGCACAGACCAGAUCAUUGCGUUCACUGCGGCGCUGUUCGAGCGGAGCCAUCACGCCUGCUAUGUGCUGCUGCGGGGCCCCCAGCCUGGCAAGGGGCCAGGCCUCGUGUCCCUGAUGAAGAGGAAGCUGAAGGAGGAUGUCUUGGUGAGCAAAGUGAUCUGGCUGCGCCACAUGGACGGGGACAACGAGCAGCACAUCCGGGACCGCCUCUACAGGAUGCGAUUCCAGAGCCGAGAUUGAACUUGCCGAGGAGUGGGAAGAGGCUGUCUCUGCUCUGCAGCCAUGCUCUCAACAAGCCCAGAGCCUGGAUUCCGAUGGGAAGCUGCCUUUCUUUAUCCACAGACCAAAGUGUGGUUGGCAGGGAAGCACCCCCAGUGUCUAGGGACCCGCAGGCUGUGGGGGCAGCUGCCAGAGCAUCCGUCCUCAGAGCUGCUGGGACUUCAGUGCUUGGCCACCACUGAAGUGUCAUCAGCUCAGGGAGGAGGGCUUUCCCCUCCAUCCCUCUGUGCCCACAGAACUGUGCUGACUCAGGAUUGUAUCUGGAGGAAAACAUGUACUUGCUGAGAUGCUGGAGUUGAUGAUUUCUGGGAUGUCUGAGAAAUGGAGUUCGCUGUGUGGUGUUAGAUUUCCCUUCUGAGUCAGCUCUCCUGGCUGGGGAGAGGUGCUUGGCAGCAGGUUGAUAUGCAAUUACCCUCUCCUGGAUUUGGGCCCUGCUUCAGUAGUGGUGGGAGGUGUGUGGUGACCCCAGCCAUGGCUGUGUUGUGUCUUGUGUCACUUGGGCCAGCAAAGCACAGGUUAAAGUGUCAUUCUACCUAGCAAAUGGCCUUUUCUCCCAAGAACAGCCCCACGUGUCCCACUUCACAGUCACCAGAUUACCUGUGUCCUCUGCUGCUUCCUUCCCAGCCAGGCUGUGCAGUGUUGGUGGGAGCUCAUCCUCUCACCUCAUCCAUCAAUGUUCCUUCCUCCCUUCAGUCUGCUUACAGGUGGUGAGAGAUCCCCCCUGAGCUCAGGCUGGCUGCUCUCUGGAGGUACCACCACCACCUCUCCAGAUUUAAGGAACCAGAGGAUCUGGCUUGAGUAGAAUUGCACUUUAACCUUUUCUGGGAGCUGGGAUUGCUGCUCUGGGAAGCCCUGUACCCAAGUGGCAGUGCCAGCACCCUGCUCAUUCAGCC